GGUAGUGGGUUCGAUCCCCGGGACCACCCAUACGUAGAAUGUAUGCACACAUGACUGUAAGUCGCUUUGGAUAAAAGCGUCUGCUAAAUGGCAUAUAUUAUAUUAUUAUUACGUACAUGGGUUUUCUGUGUGUAGUUGGGUGUGUCUGCUCUUCUGCAUGCCUACCGAGAAACAGGAAAGCAACCCCUAUUGAUCUCAUAAUUCUAAUGUAUGAGUCAGUGAUACAGUUUGUCACAUAGACCACAAGGAAAUGUCAAACAAGUUUAAAUAGAAAACACUGACGCGGAGCACUGAAAAGAACUGAGGAGUACUAGGAAACCGAGAAUCUGACUUCAUUCAACUUGAUUUAUUUAUACAGGUUAUACUCAUCCAGCUAUAAUAUCUUUGGCAAGACCGACCUGUUUAUAAUCAAAUAUUUUGUUGAGGAAAGAAAAUGAAGACAAACAUUUCCUGUGGACACAUUAACAUGGACUUUACUCACACGUUCUUACCUACAGUGUAUAUGUCCGUGUUUAUUGUCGGCCUUGUUGGUAACUGCUGGGGACUAAAAUCCUUGUUUGCGAACUGGAAGAAAUUUGGAAAUAUCAACAUUUUUGUUCUGAACCUUGGAGUUGCAGAUAUUCUGUAUUUGCUCACUCUUCCAUUUCUGUUUGCAUACUACUCAGCAGGCAGUCACUGGGCCUUUGGACAAGUCUUCUGCAAGAUGACAAGAUUCUGCUUCAAUUUGAACUUGUAUGGCAGUAUUGGUUUCCUCACAUGUAUUAGUGUAUACAGGUACCUGAGCAUUGUCCACCCACUGAGAGUGAUGGGCAGGAUAACAAGGGGCCACUCUGUAGUCAUCACAGCUGUAGUGUGGGGUUUCGUCUGCAUUGAGAUUAUUCCUGAUAUGUUCUUUGACAAAACAUUACUCAACUCUUCUUCAGGGAAAGUCAAAUGCGUUGACACCACCUUCAACUUCUCUACCAAGGCUUACCUGGACUACAGUAUUGUGUGGACAGUAGCUGGAUUUUUCAUCCCUCUGCUCAUCAUAUUGGGAUGCUAUGGACACGUGGCUGUGGUCCUCUUUAACAACCCCAACAUUGACCAAGUGAUGAAGCAGAGAUGCCUAAAACUGGUGAUCAUUGUGACUUUACUCUUCUCAGUUUGCUACAUACCGUAUCACAUAUUCAGAAAUCUUAACCUGAAGACUAGGAUUUUGAAAAGCAAUGGCACGUGUGAGGAUUGGUUUGCUGGCAUCUACAUUGCUCACCAAGUCAGCCGAUCACUCGUGUGUCUAAACAGUGCCAUCAACCCAUUGGUUUACAUCCACAACAAUGGAAACCUGCUCGUACAUAUCACCAGGCUUUGGGAACGAGCUCGUCGGUCUGUGCCUCUGCUAUUCAACCAUCGCAUCCAGACACAAACCCCACCGUUAUGAACUCACAUUGAAAUAGCAGUGUAGCUUUGUUUGCUUUCUUGAGAGUCGUUCUGCUUUUCUUUCAGCAAUUUCUAAUGUGUUUAUUACGGUGCAUAUUAUUGUUUGAAUAGGGAAGUUCAAAGUACAGUUCCCAGAUUUCUAUAGGUCUCUUGUGUGUUUGCUGUGUUUACUCAGCUGUACUAUAAAAUAUGCUGAUAUGGAAAGUACAUUGUAUUCCUUGCAUGGUCAUCUGCAUGAGUGUACAUUCCUGGUUAUUCAUUGUAUCUAAGAGAUGUAAAUAUAUUGUAAAUAUACAGUAUAUUCAACGGAUAGAUGUAAAGAUGUUGUAAAUGUAUAAUAUUUGCCAGACAGAUGCAACUAAGCACACAGUAGGCUGUAUUGGUUUAUGAUGCCUUGUAUUAAGGAUACGAUAAGAGCCAUGUGAAAACACCAAGUGCUGUGAAUGCAUUUGCAGAAGAACAGGAAACGUUGUUUUGACAAAAGGUGUAAAUCUGCUUUCAAGAUGUAGAGUUAUCGCCACGUGAGGAUUUCCUGUGUGGUGACCUGAUGCAUACCUGAACCAUAAGGUUUUAAAACGUGGCUUGUGAAGUAUUGACGUGAAAAUGCAAAGUUAUCAAGAAGACUUUCGCUGUUUAUUCCGCAUCAUUUGAACGUAUUCUCAUUUUAUUCAAAAUAAAAAAUGGUCACCAUU